UCGAACCCAGGUCCCCUGCAUUGGGAGCGCAGAGCCUUAACCACGGGACCACCAGGGAAGUCCUCUCACUGUGGUUUUAAUUUGCACUUAUCUGAUUAUCAUUAGACUGGACAUGUUUUCAUACCUUAUUGGCCAUUCUGUUUUGCUCUUCUGUGCAGAGUCUAUUCAUAAACUUUGCACACUUUUAUAUUGGGCUGUUUUUAUUUUUAUUACUGAUUUGUGGGAGUUCUUUAUGUAUUAUGAACACUAAACUUUUGUUUGUUAUAUGUGUUGCAAGUAUUUCCUCUCAGGCUUUUGCUUGUUUCAUUAUUUAUAAAGACACUUAAUGUAAAGAAGUUUUAAAUUUUACUAUAGUCAAAUGUAUUGAUCCUUUUCUUUAUGGCCAUACUGUUUUGAUCAUAUUACAUUGUCUCUCCAUGUCUUCCUCUGAGCUAUUUAAGAUCUCCUUUCCCCCUCAGGUCUGACAGGUCACUCUCUUCCUCCUUUGCCUGCAGUGUUUGUCAUGUUGACGUGUGCCUUUCGCUAUGGCCAUGAUGACUUGGAUGUGAUUGGUCUGACGUUCCGCAAAGAUCUGUAUGUACAGGUCCAGCAAGUGGUCCCAGCUGAGCAUAGCAGCCCCCAGGGGCCCCUCACAGUCCUGCAGGAGCGACUGCUGCACAAGCUGGGGGACAAUGCCUACCCUUUUACCCUGCAGAUGGUUGUCAACCUGCCCUGUUCGGUGACACUGCAGCCAGGUCCUGAUGAUACAGGGAAGGCUUGUGGUGUUGACUUUGAAGUGAAGAGUUUCUGUGCUGAAAACCUGGAGGAGAAAGUCUCCAAGAGAGACUCUGUGCGGUUGGUGAUUCGGAAAAUCCAGUUUGCACCCCUGGAGCCAGGCCCUGGCCCCUGGGCCCAGACUGUUCGCCGCUUCCUUCUGUCAGCUCAGCCCCUACAACUCCAGGCCUGGAUGGACAGGGAGGUUCACUACCACGGCAAAUCCAUCACUGUCAACGUUUCCAUCAACAACUGCACCAACAAGGUCAUCAAAAAGAUUAAGAUUUCAGUUGACCAGAUCACAGAUGUCAUCCUGUAUUCACUAGACAAGUACACCAAGACUGUGUUCGUUCAGGAGUUCAUGGAGACUAUAGCUGCUAACUCCACCUUCUCCAAGAGCUUUGCAGUAACCCCACUCCUGGCUGCCAACUGCCAGAAACAGGGCCUGGCACUGGAUGGCAAAUUCAAGCAUGGUGAUACCAAUCUGGCCUCUAGCACGAUUCUUCGACCAGGAAUGGACAAGGAACUGCUGGGGAUCCUGGUGUCCUACAAAGUCAGAGUCAACCUGAUGGUGUCCUGUGGAGGCAUCCUAGGUGACCUGACAGCCAGUGAUGUUGGCGUGGAGUUGCCCUUGAUCCUGAUGCAUCCAAAGCCAUCGAACGAGGCUGCUAGCUCUGAGGACAUAGUCAUCGAGGAGUUCGCUCAGCAGCAGCCCGGCAGAGAGGAGAGCCAGGAGGCUUUGGCGGCUGAGGGGGAUGAGGGCACCUGAGUGCCUGGCUCGGGUGCCUCUGUGUGGAAGCCCCACUGUAACACUCUAAUAAAUCAGCUUGUCCAGAUGUG